AAGCAUAAAUAAAUAAAGAAAUGGCCCACAUAAAAAAAUAGAAAAGUAAAUGUAAGUUGGUCAAUUAUUUUACUAUGCAAUAAACCUUCACGGUUUUUUUUAUUUUAAAUUCAUGUAUUAUUUACAAUGUCUUUUUUAAAUAAAUGUAUUUUAUUUUAUUCAAAUUAGCCGAAUUUGCUAAAGAAAAUAUUAGUCAAAGAAAAAAAAAAUGACCAAAACAAACCAAGACGAACUCAACCAACUAAGUUUCCGACACCCCGUGAACGCAGCAUGUCACGCAACGUAGAGGUCACGUGUUGUUCGGAUGCGGAAGUCUAAACUGUUUUGCUAAAUAAAAAGCUACCGCUACCACCGACAGUCUGGAUUGUAAAUAUUCCUUUAAUGAGGCUGAACUUUAAAUCAAACCAAUGGUCAGGAUGACACACAGACACUGCCUGGAAGGCCAGGUGUACUCGGUCCCUCUGGUGCAGCCAGAGCUGAGGCGGGAAGAGGCUGUCAAUCAGAUCGCUGAUGCGCUUCUGUAUCUAGAGGCAAUUUCUACAGACAUAUUCAAAAGGGUUUCAGAGAGCGUGGAAAGGAACCGUCUCCAGCUGCAGAGCGUCUCUGACCGGAUCCGGCUCGCUCAAGCCAGAGUUGAUAAGAUUAAAGGCAGUAAGAAGGCCACCAAGGUCUUCUCCAGUGCCAAGUACCCGGCCCCAGAGCAGCUCCAGGACUACACAUCCAUCUUCGCUGGAGCUGCAGACCCCUCAUCACAAAGCUGCUCGCGCCGCAGGAUUCAGAGUAAACUUCGGCCUUUUGAUGAGAAAGUUCUGCAGGAGAAGUUAGUGCAUUUUCCAUUGUGCGUGAGCAACAAGAAGAGGUCUGAGGACGAGACAGAGGAAGGACUGGGCAGUCUGCCUCGAAACAUCUCAUCCGUCAGCUCCCUGCUGCUCUUCAAUACCACAGAGAAUCUAUAUAAGAAGUACGUGUUCCUUGAUCCUCUGGCGGGAGCGGUGACAAAAACACACACGACGCUGGAGACGGAAAAAGAGGAGAAACCCUUUGAUGCUCCUCUGUCCAUCACCAAGCGAGAGCAACUGGAGAGACAGCAGACGGCAGAAAGCUAUUUCUAUGUGCCAGACUUGGGUCAGGUUCCUGAGAUAGACGUGCCGUCGUAUCUGCCCGACCUGCCAGGCAUCGCAGAUGAUCUGUCGUACAGCGCCGACCUCGGUCCUGGGUUUGCACCGUCCGGUCCCAUACCCAUUCCUGAACUGCCCUCCUUCAAUGAUGAGAGCAGUGCACCCGGAGCCCUCCUUCCGUUGAGUUCUCCAUCACUCUCUCCACCUCCACCGCCCCCUCCUCCCCCGCCUCCUCCCCCUGAGACUCCCCUCGCUGCUGCUCCUCCGAUUGGGGCUCCGCCUCCACCGCCCCCUCCUCCCCCUCCUCCAGCGGAAAGCGCCUCAGACCAGGCACCGAGUUCCGGUCCCGUGUCAGGCGCUCCGAGCGAAGUGGUUCAGCCGUCAGACGGUCGUGCCAGUCUGCUGGAGUCCAUCCGCAACGCCGGGGGCAUCGGCAAGGCCAAGCUGCGCAACGUUAAGGAGCGCAAGAUGGAGAAGAAGAAGCAGAAGGAGCAGGAGCAAGUUGGGGUGUCAUCCAGUGGUGGCGACUUCAUGUCGGAUCUCUUCAAUAAACUCGCCAUGCGCAGAAAAGGAAUAUCUGGAAAAGGCCCGGCAGCCGGAGAGUCCAGUGACGCUCCAGCGGGAGCAGGAGGCGCAUUUGCCAGGAUUUCCGACGUCAUCCCUCCACUUCCUGCGCCGCAUUCAACGACAGACGACGACGAUUGGGAAGCGUGACGUCCGGUAGACAGAACCCACAUUGUGAAAAAGAAUUCCUCGUAUAUUUGUUUUGACUUUUCAGUUCAACGAGACAACUUUAAGUUUAUGCAAUAGCUGAAAAAAAAACAACACAAAUGAAGAUUCUCAUUCAAAUUUUAUUUCUUUAAUGGAUAGAAAAAAUGUUCAUAAAAUUCAAAGUAAGAAUGCUUCAUAUUUCCUAACAAUGUACAUUUCAUCGUUGAAUUAUUAAGAGUUCAGAGUAAGACGUGCCUACCUGUGCUGUGCCUGCCAUCCAUCUACAUUUUUCAGUAGUUUACAUCCGUAGACCACAUUUAAACACAAGAGCUAACUUUUCUAACGUCAACGAAGCAAACUGGGUCAGUGAUGAAACCUGUCUGUGUGUGCCAUGAAAAACCCGUCUUUAUUCUGUCAGUGAUGAACUCAACUCAGUUAGUUUAAAGCUGAAUAGUGUUGAACAAUAAAGAGCAUUUAUUCUCA